AAAUCCUUCCCGCAGAACACUAGGGUAAUUCCUGCAGCAGGCAGUGACCUUCCUGAAUUGAUUGCUGGUGUUAGCAGCAGAGUACAGAUCACAUACACAAGAUGGCAGGCCGUGCUUUUGCAACGUGGUGGUCCAAGAUGAGGCCAUACUACACUCAAGCAUACCAAGAGAUGUGGGUUGGCGUGGGCAUUAUGACAUACCUGUACUACAAAGUGUCAUACGGUGGAAAGAAAGCUGUGAAAGACAGACAUCAUUAAUUUAAGAAGCUUGCCUGGACAUUGACCCCCCCCCCCCAUGAUUAUUUGUCACCUAUCUGAAUAGCCACCAUCUGUAUGUACUGUACCUGUCUGUACUUUGGAAACAAUAAAAUGGACUGUAAAAUG